AUGGCGACUACUCAGACUGCUCUCGAAGCUCCCCUCCAAGUAAUCUAUCUUGCAGAGAGAAACCAGAAUGCAGAUAUCCCUAGUCAAGAGAAUCACCAAGCGGGGCGAGUAUUCGAAGCUGACCCUGCCUUCACUACGAGUCCGGCAUCACGUCGAUUGAUCAUAUCCUUACUGGUGUGCGCCAACACUGUUCAGUUCAUAUCUAAUUCAGUCACCAUUGCUGGUGGUCUUACACUGAGUAAAGACCUUGGGCGAGAAACUGGCCCAGGACAAGCCAACUGGAUGGUUGCAUCUUACCCACUCACCCAAGGCGCUUUCGUUCUGGUGACCGGUCGGCUUGGGGCGGUAUACGGCCACAAGCAACUUACUCUGCUCGGCUGCGCAAUUUUUACAUUGUUCUCUCUCAUCAACGCCUUCAUGAAGACCUACGAUUCUUUCAUCGCGAUGCGGGCUUUGACUGGCGUUGGCGGAGGUAUCUUCAUGCCCAACGCCGUGUCAAUCAUCACGACCAUGGUUCCGCCGGGUCGAUCGCGAAAUGUGGUCUUGGGCUUCUUUGCGGCGUCCCCUCCGCUGGGUGGAAUGAUUGGUGCCUUGUUGACUGGUGCAUUUAUGGAUAAUCUCAGCUGGGCCUGGAUUUUUAUCCUCAUUGCUGGGAUAUCUGCCCUGAACCUAGCAGGACUGGUAUACCUCAUGCCUAAAGAAACACCGGUUGAUAAAGGAGGACAUGUUGACAUCCCUGGUGCGAUCAUGGGCUUGAGCGCCCUCCUUCUUUUCAACGUGGUUUGCAACCAAGCACCAUCGGUGGGAUGGAAUACGCCCUACGAGAUCGCUUUGAUCAUCCUUUCCGUCCUUCUUUUCGCUGCAUUCCUCCUCUGGGAAAAGCACUACGCGAAAGAUCCCAUUAUGCCAUUGUCUAUUUUCCAAGCACCAACAUUUACAGCGCUUGUGGUCGUUGUCUUACUGUCAUACAUGGCGUUCGGAAUUGGUCUCUGGUACUCUGUAGCUUGGCAGGCCCUUCUGCACAACGCCUCCCUUACCCAGAUUGGCUUUCAUUUCAUCCCCUUUGGCCUCAGCUCUCUGCUUGCGGUUUUUGUCGCCGCUUGGCUUAUCCCUCGAGUGGCAGCUCAGUGGAUAAUGGCAAUCGGUGUAGGAACGACGAUCGUGGGGAAUAUCCUACUAGCGACAAUGCCAGUUCAACAGUCAUUCUGGGCGCAAUUAUUUCCUGCCAUGGUGUUCUUCGGCUUCUGUCCGGAUUUAGUCUACGUCGCUGCUCAAGUGAUUGCCAGCAAUAGUGUCAGUCGUCGCCAGCAGGGGGUAGCUAGCAGCUUGAUCGGGACACUCAACCUGUACGGGAACAGCUUGGGUCAAGGGUUUGCGGGGACAAUUGAGACAGAGGUCGGAACGAACAAUGAAGACGAAGUCAAGGGAUACAGGGCGGCUUUGUACUUUGCCGCUGGCCUGGCAUUGUUCGGACUGGCCUUGGAUGUUAUGUUCGUCAGGCUACCUAAGGAUGAGCGGGAGGGCUGGGAUGGUACGUCUGAGGGCGAAGAACAAGGGCUCGGUGGUAUGACCACAGCCAUCGAAGUAGGCCACUCUACUCCGCGCGACUGA